UUUUGUUCUGCCAUCACCGUGCUGCGCUUUCCAUCCGACAUCAAACCGGAAAUGAUGCCGGUAGGUGGAGGUCCGAUACCGAGUUUUGUCUUCGACGUAAUGAAUCCGUAUCAUCCGUAUGCGAAUGGUCUUGACGGAGCGCGGCGGAAGAACGCGACCAGAGAGACUACGGCUCCGCUUAAAGCAUGGCUUACCGAUCAUCGCAAGAAUCCCUAUCCUACCAAGGGUGAGAAGGUCAUGUUGGCUGUGAUGACGAAAAUGACACUAACGCAGGUGUCGACAUGGUUUGCAAACGCUCGCCGACGAUUAAAGAAAGAGAACAAGAUGACGUGGUCGCCACAGAAUCGCCGUGGUGAUGAUCCGAAUGACGACGAUCUGGCUGAUAUCGAUGGAAUCGAUGGUCUCGACGGUUGUGAUCGGCCGUCCAGUUCCAUGUCCGAUAUGUCAGAAAAGAAAGAAGAACUCAAAAAACUCGCUAUCUAUUUUAAUCAUUUUACUUUUACAUCCCUUACAGAAGUACCAGAUUCGGCAUCAGAUGUCAGCACGCCGAAAAAAGUACCUGGAAAAAUAUGGUCUAUUGCUGACACUCUCGGUGAACGAUCCGAAUCUACAAAAGCCGAGAACGAGGCCGGAAGUUCGAAAAAGGACUCACCAACUGUUGACGAUGAUCCUGCAGCAGUGGCACAACUACAGAGGAUGAUUGCGUUGUCAAAUUUCCAAUUUCCGCCACAUAUGCUGGCCGCUAUGGCGCGGUCGGGAGCCAUUCCACCGAUGCCGUUCCUGAAUCCGUUGACAUUGAUGGGUUUUGCAGCUGCACAUCAACAGCAACAGCAACAGCAACAACAACAUCAACAGCCGCAUCCAUCAAUGAGUGGUCAGUGCAUAUUUUCGUUUCUUCCCUGGUUUUCCAUACUAAUGCCAUGUCUCGAAGAACUCAAGGAGACCUAUAAGGAAAAAGGAGUGAAAAGUAAGGAAGAGAUGUUGGUUUGUAUAUUCUUCAAAUGUGAUGAAUUUGCAAUGCUUGAGCGUUCUACAAUAGCAAAAACUAGUGGGCAAUGA